AUGGGUGAGAAGCAGGAUGUGGAUGACUGCAGUGGUAUAAGGGAAGAGUACUGUCCUGAGACUUUGCUCGAAUUUCAUGCUGCCAGUAAUGAAAUAUUUACUCAUCUAUUCAAUUCAUGUUUGGCAGCAGUUUUACCCGAUAAUUUAUCGCAGUUCACGACACCGUUGACCCAAACGAACACUGCUAUGACUAUUAAAAAACGCCAUGAAGUUGAAAAUUUCACAGCUUUGCUUAUAAUAUACUGUAAACUUUACGGCAUUAAUCGAAUCAUAGAUGUUGGAUGUGGAGGGCAUUUGGUCAGUCAGUUAUCACAGUACUGUAAAGUUGUUGGGAUUGAUUGUAACGAGAAGUUUUGUCAACGUGCCAGAAAAUCUUGUACAUACGCCAAAAUUAUUUGCUUGACUGUCAAGUGUGAUGGCACAGAUGAUCAAAAGCUAUUGGAAUUUUUUUCGGGAGAUGAGCAUGAUCGAACUGCAAUAGUUUCAUUGCAUGGCUGUGGUGAUCUCCAACCAACACUGUUACGUCACUUCAGCAAACUGGAUCAUAAUCGAGUGCCACUUAUCUUUACCAUUCCAUGUUGUUAUCACAAAAUGUCGAAUUUAAAAAAGAAAAUAUUUCAUUGGAUAAUGAGUGACGAAGUAAAAAAACGAUCUGUCUCCCGUGAAGUGUUACCAGUAAGUGCGCUUAGUUGGCCGAGUUCUGAAAAAGAUCGGGAAAGGCAUACAAGAAAUUUUAUCAAUCGAGCAUUGCUGGAAUGCUUAUACGACAAACGCAAGGACUUACCAUCAUUUCCAUGUCGUAAGCUAAAUUGUCAUUUCGAAGAUGUGAAAGACACUGGAAUUAAGUUGGCAUCCCAACUAGGAAUGGAUGAAAAUGGUAUUUUACAAAUUGACCAAUUGUACAGAACGAUCUACGCCGACCAUGAACCAUAUUUUGCAUAUGUCGAACCUUUUACGCUUCUUCAAACGAUGAUGCAAACACCGUUGGAAAUGUUAAUUUUAUUGGAUCGUUUAUUCUUUUUGAAGGAACAUGGCUGUUCUGCGUAUAUAUUAUCUGUAUUUAAUCCAAAGAUUUCUUCAAGACAUCUUUGUAUCAUAGCUUCAUCUUCUUGA